AUGUUGAUUCAGGAAUCCUACCAUGAUGUUCCCACGAAAGCUGAUGGGGAGGGGACUAUGCGGAUCUAUGUUUUCCAUCCCACCAUCCCCGGAUACCCCAAGGCCCGAUUUCCUGGUGUGGUGGUAUUCAGCGAAAUCUAUCAGGUGACGGGUCCUGUCUCUCGCUUUGCGCGCCAAAUUGCUGGCCAAGGCUACAUUUGUGCGGCGCCGUCGAGCUACCACGAGUUCACAGGACCGGAACCCUUGAAGUAUGACGCUGAAGACACCGAUAAGGGAAAUCAGUGGAAGAUUUCCAAGAAAAUCACGGCUUACGAUGAGGACGCUUCUCUCACUGUGGACUAUCUCUUGUCGCUUCCGACAUGCAAUGGCCGUGUAGGCGCAACUGGAAUGUGCCUGGGAGGCCAUCUAGCUUACCGGUGCGCCCUUGACCAGCGAGUCAAAGCUGCCGUCUGCUACUUUGCGACAGACAUCCAUAGCAAGACUCUUGGCCAGGGGAAGAAUGAUGAUAGUUUGGAAAGGGCGGGAGAUAUAAAGGGAGAACUGGUCAUGAUCUUCGGAAAGAACGACAACCACGUUCCUCCCGAGGGGCGUGACCUCAUCCGAAAGGUGCUGCAUGAGAAGGGUGUGCUGUUCAGCUUCUAUGAAGUGGCAUGGGCACAGCAUGCGUUUAUUCGGGACGAACUCAGCAAGGGCCGCUACGACCCAGCCAUCAGCAAGGUGUGCUUCGAGAUGCUGCUGGAGCUCUUUGGCCGUACCUUGAAGCUGGAUCUUGGUGAUCAUGACGGGAAGGAGCUCAAGAUUGAAGAUGUCUGCUAG